AUGCACCCUGACUUGGAAAUACCUGAAGGUUACAAAAUUCCAAAAUUUGAAACCUUCAAUGGUAUUGGCAAUCCCAUGGCUCACCUACGAGCUUAUUGUGACAAAGUCGUAGGUAUCGGGAAAAAUGAUGCAUUAAUUAUGUGGUUGUUUAGUCGAAGCCUCAGUGGGGAGGCGUUAGAAUGGUUCACAUCUCAAGAACUCCGUCAGUGGUCUACAUGGGGGGCUCUGGCCAAAGAUUUUUUGGAAAGAUUCCAGUUUAGUGUCGAAGUUGUCCCUGAUAGAUAUUAUUUGGAAAAAAUCAAGCAAAAGACCACGGAGGACUAUCGUGAAUAUGCGUGCAGCUGGAGGAAAGAAGCUGCAAAGGUACAACCUGUGAUGACCGAAAGCAAAAUAACCUCUGUUUUUAUUCGAGCUCAAAAGCCCGAGUAUUAUGAAAGGAUGUUGCCUAUGAUGGGACAGAAGUUUUCAGAGUUGAUCAGAAUGGGAGAAGCCAUAGAAGAUGGCCUCAAGUCUGGAAAGGUUACAAGUCUCACUGCCUUGCAGGCCGCCAACAAAUCCUCACCAUCCAUGGCCACAGGAUUCUCUAGGAAAAAGAAAGAGGACGUAUCUGCUGUAUCUUUUAGCCCGAGGCCAAGGCCGAAAAGGUAUUUUGGGUCUGGUUCUGCCAUUGGAAACUCCAACCGAUUCCCCACCUCAAAUAUUUACCCACCAUCUCCACAAGCUCCAAUCCCAAUCUACUAUGCACAACAGAACUACCAAGCACCACCGCCCAUCUACCAAAAUCAACCACUAACCUACCAAAAUACACUACUAAAUCACCAAGCCAAUGCACCAGUCUACCAAAAUUCCGGACAAAACAACUCAAAUGCCAACAAUCUACCCUGUCCUAACCUCGAAAGAAAGCCUCCCAGAGUUUUCAUUCCUUUGGCAGAAACACGUACCCAACUCUUUGAGCGUCUAAGAGCGGCAAGAUUGAUCCAACCAGUAGAUGCAAGGGCAAUUAAUUCCACAACAAAGUUCUUUCGAGCAGAUCAACGUUGUGCGUACCAUUCUGGAGGGGCAGGGCAUGAUACAGAAGGAUGUAUCAAUCUGAAACAUAAGAUUCAAGACUUGAUCGAUAACAGGGUCAUCACUCUCCAAGCCCCUGCCCCUAAUGUGAACCUUAACCCAUUGUCGAAUCAUGGAGGAGCUACCAUCAACAUGAUUGAAAGAGACGAAGAUUGGCUUACUAAUGGGACUAUCGGUGAAGCAGUUGUCAACUCACUUAUACCAACAGUGGCCUCAUUGACCAUAAAGGCCCGUCCAGAGUUUGUUGUAAUAACUGCACCUCAUCAGGCAUUUGCUUUGGUGAAGAAAAGAAGCAAUGAGCAUUCCAAAGAAAGGUUUGUUGUCCAGGCGGCCACCGCACAAGGAAUGACACGUUCUGGAAGAUGCUACAUUCCAGAAGAACUAACUCAAGAGAUACGAAGAAAGGAGAACCAGAAAAGGCCGAUCACAGAGGGUGAGGCUGAAGAGUUUUGGCGAAGAAUGCAGCCUAAGGAGUAUUCCAUUGUCAAGCAUUUGGAGAAGACUCCCGCUCAAAUUUCUGUUUGGGCUCUAUUAAUGAGUUCUGAGUACCAUCGAAAAGCACUGUUGAAGGUACUUAAUGAAGCAUAUGUGCGGACGGGAACAAGUGGUGAGAAUCUGGCCACCAUGGUAAGUCAUGUCAUUGGGAGUCAUCAAAUCUCUUUUCGAGAAGAAGAGUUGCCACUCGAAGGGGUUAUGCACAACCGUGCCUUGUAUAUCAUCGUCAAAUGCAGGGGCAAGUUAAUAGCGCGAGUAUUGAUUGAUAAUGGCUCAGGACUCAAUAUCUGCCCAUUAUCAACCCUUACUCAUCUAAAUUAUGAUAUAGGGAAAAUCCGUCAAAGCCGCAUGAAUGUAAGGGCGUUUGAUGGUUCGCAAAGAAAGACCAUGAGGGAAAUAGACCUGUGUAUCCAAAUGAGGCCUGCAGAAUUUGUCACUGAAUUCCAGGUGAUGGGUAUAUCUACGAGCUACAACUUAUUACUAGGAAGACCACGGAUUCAUGCUGUUGGAGCAGUCCCAUCCACAUUACAUCAACUUUUGAAAUUCAUUUGGGAGGAUCAUGAAAUCGUCAUCCAUGGUGAAGGGAGUGACCGUAGGUACCCUGGUUUCUCCAUUCCAGUUAUUGAAGAGUCUUCUCAGAAUACUGACUUUCAUAUGGUGGAGAUAAUGAAUGUUGCUUUUGAAAAUACGACAAUGCAAGUACCAAUGCCGCAAGCGUAUAAAAUGCUAGCCACAACUAUGUUGAGAAGCGGUUUUGAACCUGGGCGUAGGUUAGGCAAGAAUUUGGAUGGCAUAUCCGAACCUCUUCCUAUACCACUUUAA